AUGGCAUCAAUCAAGGAUUUCAACUCAACUCUUAGUUUUGCCCAGGCAAGGGAUGACGUAUACAACACAGUGAUGAAAGAGUACACGGAUAAUGUUGUUUUGCAGACUCAGUUUCACAGGCAGUUCCUCAAACAGUUUCGAGAUGACUGUAUCAAGAAAUCUGCGAACAAAGACCUACUAGCUGAGAACAUAGGGGUAUGGACGAAAGGGUUGCAGCACAAUUAUGCAUUAGAGAAGGAGGUAAAGCACACCAUGACAGAAAUUACAGCUGAGAUUAAGCAGAAGCAAAUGAAGAUAAACAUGAUCCGCCAGGAGAUUGAGAAGCUUCAUGAACAAGCCAAGAGUAAAGAGUUAAUGAAGUCCCAAUAUAAAGCAAAUAAGGACCGGUUAAAUAACCUGCAGAAAGUCCGACUCGUAUUUCAGGAUCAGUUGCAGAUGGAAUUGCGAACAAUUCAUGAUGCAAAGUUCCAGUUUGUGUUUCGGGGGAUCGGCCCAGAUGAUAACCGUCCAUACAUCAUCACAAUGGGAAUCAACAACGACAGAUCAUAUCUGAUUUUCUCGUGCCAGCCUUCCAUCGAGUGUUUGCCGGACUUGGAGAGACAACUUCAAGAGACCAAGAACCUGGCAGUUUUCCUGUCGAACGUGAGGCUGCAGUUUGUUUCCCAAGCUCACAAGAUGUAA